UCUUUGUUGUAUAAGCAUUAGUUGUUUCAACCAUGGGGAUGAUGAAGCUUGGGCCGGUAGGAGAUUGCAGGGACAGAAUCUCUCACAUUUUCGUCUCUUUUGACGACAAAUAUUUGACAUCAAUCCAAUUCGGAUAUGUCAAGAACGGAGCUGUGGUCUUGUCUAAGAAGCAUGGCUCAUCCAACAGCACUAGUACACGAAUAGUGAGGCUGAACCAUGUGUCUGAGUUUGUCACUGGGAUUAGCAGAGAGUGUUAUAAAGGUUUCAGGAUAAUUUCUAAUAAGAAGAGAGAAUUUCACUCGGGGAUGCAUGAUCGACGCGAAUUUGCUGGUUUCUUUGGAUCUUGUAGCUCUUAUCGUCUAUACUCGAUUGGUCUCUAUCUGAAGCCUAUCCUUCCUGCUAUAAGGCUGAAUCAAGAUGAAUAUGUGACUGGGUUGAGUGCAAUACAUUGGGGAGCAGCGCUCACAUCUUUGACAUUUCACACUAACCAGAGGAAACACGGACCGAUUUGUGAGAGAUUUGAUGAUAUUAAAGACGGUUAUAUGAAGGAAAUUGAUGUGGGGAUAUGUGAUCCUCGUGAGUUUGGUGGAUUCUUUGGGUCUUUCUGUCAUGUCUCCGGCUAUCUGACUUCCAUUGGCCUUUAUGUCUGUCCCAUUACAAGGAUCAAUGACGCAGCCCUCAAAACCAACUACAAAGUCACCGAUGACGACGACGACCAGCUCACUGUCUACCAAUCAUCUGGUCCUUUAACCACAAUCAACCAUAAUCGGACGCUUGAAUAUCAAAUGCCUCAUGAGAUAAUAUCGAUUCAGUUUGGCUACAUUGAGAAUGGAGCUCUAGUCAUGUCUGCCAAGUACGGCGGUGACUUCAAGGGACAGAGCUUCCGAGUUGUGAAACUGAAGCACAAUGAGUAUGUGACUGGGUUGAGUGGGUGUGGAGGAAUCAACUCACUGACAUUUUACACUAACCUGGGGAAACACGGACCCAUUUGUGAGCCAAAGUUAAAUGUCACAAAUAUCAAGACUGAAAUUGAUCUGGCGAUAUGUGACCGUCGUGAGUUUGGUGGUUUCUUUGGGUCGUGCAAUCAAUACUCUCUGACAUCAAUCGGUAUCUAUGUGAAUCCCAUUCCAAGCUCCAACACAGCGGUUAAACGUGAAAACGUUUGACACAAGCAACGUCUUGUGACGUUCAACAGUAUAGCCUGGUUCAAUUUGUUGUUUUUCGUUUUCUCUCAAAUAAAGCACCUUCUGAUGG